AUGCUUGGCAAUCCAAUUGCCAUAAAUUGUGAGGCUAAUGGAUAUCCCAAGCCAACAAUUACAUGGUUUAAAGGGAAAAGUAAAUCAUCAAAAGAGUUUCAAGCAAUUACAAUGAGAAGUGGGACAACACUUACGGUUAAUUUUGCAACGACCGAAGAUGAAGGUUUCUAUAUGUGUCAAGCGAAUAAUGAAAUUGGGAAUGGAUUGAAAAAAAUCAUUUACAUUAAUGUCAAUGAACCGGCAAGAUUUGAUUAUGCUUCAAAGAAUAUUUCGUCUCGUCGUAAUGAUCCCGUUGUGCUUAGUUGUCAUGCGAUGGGUGAUGAGCCAUUACACAUUACAUGGACGCACAAUAGUAAUCGGAUUGAUUUGAAUAAUUAUCGUAUAAAUAUUGCUGAGAUGAAAACGGAUGAGGGUGUGCGUUCACAAUUAUCGAUAAGUAGAUCUGAUAGACAUGAUUCUGGGAAAUAUAGAUGUGUUGCUGAAAAUCAGUAUGGAAGGAGUGAGCAUUUGAUAUUUCUGGCUGUUCAGGAAAGUCCUGAUGCGCCAUCGAAUCUCGAAGUGCUAGAGGUGAAAAGUCGAACAGUUAAGCUCUCAUGGAAACGACCUUAUGAUGGCAAUUCCCCCGUUCUCUCAUAUUUAGUACAAUAUAAACCGUUGAAAUCAUUACAUGAGCAAACAGUCAUGCCAGCAACAGACGAAGAAUGGAAAGGUCCACACAUUUCCAAUUUAACUCUUCCUUCUGUCGGCGUAGCAACGAGUUAUGAUGGUGUUCAACGUGAGCAAGCAACAAUUGGUGGAUUACAUCCAUCCACGACAUACUUGAUGAGAAUGCUUGUUGUAAAUGAAAUUGCUAGAUCGCCAUAUACGGAUUCUAUUAUUAUUAAGACACAAGAGGAAGCGCCAACAGAAGCACCUCAUAACAUUCAAGUCCAAACUGGAAAUGUUGGUGAAUUGAUUAUAACAUGGCAAUUGCCACAAAAACUGUCAUGGAAUGGAGAACUUCUCGGCUAUCAUGUUAACUUUAUCGAAGAGAAGCACAGCAACAUAAAUUACAACAACUCAAAUAGAACUGUUAGUAAGACAAUCACAGUGCAUGGAUGGGCGACCACAAAAUCGAUAAUCACUAGCUUGAGAAAAUUUACAAAAUAUUCGAUUCGCAUACGUGCGUUCAACAGUGUAUCUCCUGGACCGUGGUCAGCAUCUGUAAUCGGAACAACAUUGGAAGGCGUUCCUGAAUCAGCACCGCAAAACGUAAACUGCACAUCACUCUCAUCACAGAGCAUAAAAAUUUCAUGGCAGGAGCCUCCGAUACAAUUUCACGGAGGACUAAUUCAGGGAUAUAAAGUUCUAUAUCGACCGUUGGUCAAGCAACUAGAGUUCACAGCAAGUGAGGUAAAACGUACAUCAAACAUGGAAACCUAUUUGCAUGGACUCAUGAAGGCAACAAAUUAUUCGAUACGUGUAUUAGCAUUUACAAGUACUGGCGAUGGUCUUCACUCCAUACCGAUUUAUUGCACAACAGAUGAAGAUGUCCCUGAGGCACCUGCUAAUAUUAAAGCGUCUGCAUUAACAGCUGAAUCGAUUUUAAUAUCGUGGCUUCCACCAAUACAAAGAAAUGGAAUGAUUAUACAUUAUACGGUCUACAGCAAGGAGUCUGAUCGAAAAGGGCAGACGAGAAGUAACAUGGUGCGCGUUGAUGAAAAUGGAUUUCCAUGUACUUUUGAGGCAAGAAAUUUAUUGGAAAAUAAAAAAUACGAUUUUUGGGUCACCGCCUCAACAUCUGUCGGUGAAGGUGAACCAACAGCCCUCAUCACCCAAAUGACAAACACGAGAGCACCUGCACGUAUUGCCUCGUUUUCGCAGACCAUUAAAGUUCCGGUUGGAACAACAUUGAUGUUAGAAUGUCUAGCUGUUGGCAAUCCCACACCGCGUGCACGAUGGCUUACUCGUGAUCGUCCCGUCACCUUCAGUCCAUUUUACGAAGUAACGGCAGAGGGUCAUCUAAAAAUUCACAGUGUGGAACCGAGUUUGAGCGGAAAUUACACAUGUUCAGCAAAAAAUCUUUUCGGUGAAGAUGAAAUUUAUUAUACGGUUGUUGCACUCAAACCACCAGCACCACCACAACUGAAUGUACAGUUUGCAACAAGCGAUAGUAUAAAGUUGAAAUGGGAGGCACCUGAAAGCGGCGGUAUAGCCAUCCUUGGCUAUAUUAUUCUAUAUCGUGUGACAGGUGAGACGUGGUCGCGAGUGGAAUUGACACCGGAUCAAACGAGCUACACGCUAGGUGGCCUUAAAUGUGGAACGCAAUAUAUCAUGAAGAUAUCAGCUCACAAUAAAGUCGGUGAUGGACAGGCAUCGGAUGAGAUAAAUGUAUGGACGAAAGGAAAGACACCGCAAGCACCGGAGGAGAAAGACUUCCUCAAAGUCAACACAACAUGCCUAAAUUUGUUGUUGUCAUCAUGGAAUAAUGGCGGUUGUCCUAUAUCACAUUUCUCGAUUGAAUAUCGAUCACUGGGUGAGAUUCGAUGGACCGUCGUAUCCUCAGACACGUCAAGUUUAGACGGCAAUAAAGACUCGCUCGUAUUUUGUGAUUUUAAGCACGCUAGUUGGUAUCAAUUGAGAAUAUCAGCAAAAAAUGAGGCCGGAAAGACAUCAAUUCAAUAUAAUUUUGCGACAACGACAUUGAGUGGAGAACCGGUCCCAAUGCCAGAAUAUUUCCCUGUGGACGAUGUCGAAAGCGUACCUAUCGAUGGAAAUGAUUGGAUGCUCUUAGCAGUCUGCAUAAUUUUAUCCAUUUCAUUCUGUAUGGUAUUUGUCAUUCUGCGCUAUAAAGGUUCGGUUUGCCAUCCAACAACAGAUCAUUAUGAGUCUCAUACAAUACCGAAUGAUGUAAAAGAUGAACAUGACAAUCGACGUAAUCAACAAGUUUAUACAGCAUCGCCUGUGAAAAUUAUUGAUAAAGAUAAUGAUUCAGAAAUGUACGAGAUAUCACCUUAUGCUACAUUUUCUGUAACGGGAGGAAGGACGGUUGUUCAAGGACAUUCAAAGACACCAACGAGAGGUGCUCAUACACCAUCAGCAUUAGAUUAUACUAUGCAAUUUAAGACAUUUGGACAUCCUGAAGGUGAUUUAGAUCUCAAUGCUACAGCUUAUCCAAUCUUACCAAGCAGUGGCUUUGGACAUGUCAAGGGAAAAUCAUCAUGGCAUAAGCAGCGAUACUAUAAUACAGAUGAUGAUUCUACACUUAGUAAAUCAAUGACGGUUGUCGCAAGCAGUGCUCGACUUCGGAAUGCUCGUGAUAAUAAUCAAAGUCAAGAGACAAGACUGACAACACGCGGCAAUGGAGGUGGUAAUCGUUCAAAAAGUCAUCAUUCGAAGGGUGGCUCUGAAUCUGACACGAGUCUUAGUCCAACCAAUGAAUUUAGUAAUGCACCAACUUAUCGAAUACCCGUCAAACACUCACGUGAUUUAUUCCGACCCGAUUCAAGUACAGAAUCGAAUAAUGAUAAUUCGCCGAUAAGAGAACGACGAAGUAAUACACCUCGACACAUAAAUAAUGAGAAGAGACCGAGGGCAACGAGAGAUUCAAAUAACUCACGUUCAAUGGAUAUGCUGCAAAGUAACAACAGCACCGACAGUGAGGUUAAUCUCGAGGAAGCCAUGAAGUUUCGUCCACCAAAUGGCUUUUCCGAUUCAAGAGAGUUUAGUGAAGCGGAAUGUGAUCGAGAUCAUGCCCUUGAUUUGGAAGUUCAACAAGCAUUGGCAAAUAAAAUGAAUGGAAAAAUUCAACAUGAGGAAAUAACCUCACUGUUAGUUGCAAGGUAUCAUGAGAAGAAGGAGCAAGAGCGUAACGAGUACACAAUUCAUGUAUGAAAUAAUUUAAGGAAAUUUACCGUCUUAUAGCAAACACGACAAGCGGCAGUAAAAACAUUAUUUUUUUUUGAGUUCAAUCUCACUUACAUUACGAAUAAUAAAUAAAUAUCUGACAUCGUACAAAAGCAAAGAACACGAAAAUGGAAUCUCAAAGAGGAGAAAAAGAGGAAAAAAAGAUAUAAUGAAAAUGUUGCCAUGGAACACGGCAUGAAAUUCUUCUUCUGUUCACCGGAAAAUUGCGUUUUUUUCUUAUUUCAAAUUUUUUUAUCAAUUGAUCUGGUACAUGCAAAUAAAUUAAAAUGUAAACUGAAUCGUUGCUUCAAAGAGAUGAUGAAUGUUUGCGGAAUGAUUGAGAUAGGCGGGAAUCUUUUUUGAGAGAAAUUGAGCCAGUGUGAGAUUUUUUUGAAAGAAAAAUUCUUUUUUCGAAUAAUUCAAAGGGUUUUUAUAAUGAUUUAAAGUUGAAAUUGACGAUUAUUUAAAAUUUCCUUCAAAAUUGGAGGUAAGCUUUAGUAAAGUUAUAGAAUGGCUUGAUUUUAAUGGUUGGAGCUGGAAUUCAAAUGCAAAAUCUAGUCAGAAUAUUGAGUUUUCAUGAAUUUUAUAUUUUGGUGGAAAAAUUGUCACCUGGAGGUUUUAGUCUCAAAAAUUCAGUUUAUUUUGAAAUUUUAUUGAACAUUAUUUAUGUAAAGUUGUAGAUUUUUAAUGAGCAAAGCUAUUUUUAUCAUAAUUUCAAGAUAUUAAGACUUAAAAACCAUAAAUUCAUCAACUUUUAUAAUUCAAAUUUUUGUAACAUUAACUUUUAAAAAUGGCGG